UAAGCGUCCGGCGAUCCGCAAAGAUCAGAUAACCAGCAAAGCCUGCAGAAAUAUUACAGCCGAGCAUGUCAAAGGAGUCAGUCCUGAUGGUGAUGAACACCACCUUAUAUUACCGUAUUGUAGAACCCUAAUAAGGAGACUUGUUACUGAAACAUCUGAACGUUUACCAUGGCUUCUAGCACAUCACUACAAGCACACAAAUACAAGUAUGGAUUUCAAAGGUCCAGAGGAAAUAAGUUUAAAUGGUAUCUGAUCCUCGCUAUCAGUAUUGUGUUUGUUGUUUUGGCGGUCACUGUCAUAGCUCUGACGAUUUACCUCACAAGCGAAAACAACAAAACAGGUGACAAAGAUGCGCAAUAUGAUCCUGAAGAUGAAGACACAGAACAAACGGUAUCAAGAGCUUCCGCAACAACUGACGUGAGCCAAACAACGAAAUACCAACUGACAACCCAAAAGACAACUGCACAAAUCACGAUGUCUUCAACAGAAAGUCCAACUACUAUAAAAAUUACUUCGUCCACUCAAAAGACAACUCCUGGUGUAUUUACUAGUCAUUGGUCAACAACCUUGAUAUCUACUCAACAUCCAAUCACUAAACCGCCAACUCAACUGCAAACCACUGAACCGCAAAAUCAACAACCAACCACUGAACCAACCUCAACCACACAAAAGUCAACAACUGUAAACAAACCUCUUUCUACCGAACAGCAAACAAAUGAUAAGAGUAAUUUUUCAACUCCACAAAGUACCACACAACUUAUUUCGUCGACCCAAAAAGCUACCAUGUCAACACAACAAAUAACUACUGAGAAAAUGACUUCUUCAAGUCCACAAACAACUUUGCAACAAACGUCUGACGAAUCAUCAACAGCCCAAUAUUCUACAUCAAAUGAUCCGGCAGAGUCAACCAGUGUUUCAACAACAUCAACAGCACAAGCCACAUCAACGUCAUCGGUCGAUACAACAACAAUUGAAUUAUCUGGAUACAAUAUCAGCAGCUCAUCUCCAUUCUUACUAACAUGCGAGGUAAAAAAUAUUCCUGGAUGGAUUGACCUUUUGAUUUAUCGUCACUAUGGCAACAAUCAAUCAGGUCUAUUGGCUCAGAUGACUGCAGGAGCAAUAGUUCCAACGGUUAUUGUAGUCGAUGAUUCGCUAACAUUUUCAGCCAAUCAUCACAGCGAUGCCAUAACAAUGGUAUUGAUGGCACAGAAUUUCGAAUGUAACCAUGCAGGGACGUACAGUUGUUCGGUAUCGUCUGCAAAUGUUGUCGUAUCAGAUGAAACAGAUAUUAAAGUCGUUUCAGAACCACCGGAAAUCUAUUUUCCUGUAGGGGUUGUUGAAGACAGAACUAUGUCGUUGGACUGUGUAGUCGAAUUUGAGGGUACUUCCGGUGAUAUCAAAUGGACAUUUAGUCCCCCUCUAUUAGGCAAUAUGUUUUACGACUUGAGUAUAGUUCCAGAUACGAAAAAUAGUUCAAUGAGUUGUACGACUAAACUGGAAAGCAAAUUAACGUUUACACCAGGGAUGUACGACAACGGCUCAAACUUUCGAUGUGAAGUUGUGAAUGCGGAUGGUUACAAUGGUGCAACAGUUUUACAAACGACGGUUCCAUUUUACGUGCUACAUAAUUCCAUCUGUACGAAUCGUAUGUUUGAAAUUUUUAAUCACCCUUAUCAGCCAUGUGGGAAAAUAAUAUAUUGUUCAGAAAAUGGAAUACUUGUAUUUGAAAUUCCUUGUCCAUUACCAGGCUACUGCUAUGAUGCAUUGCUUACAGAUUGUGUUCUGGAAAAAGACCUCAGUAUUUAUAAUGAAACCAGUUCUACUACUAUUGGACCAAGCACAACUGUUGCUCCACCUAUCUCUUAAAACUGAACAGAUGACAUUUCAGGAUAAUGGAGAUUAUGAUAUGAACAUACAGGGACACCAGUCUGGACCUAAUAACUUUAUAAACUAAUAUAUUUUGUAUUUGUAUGUUGAUACAUGCUGGGUUUUUUUUUGUUUUUUUUUUUUUGUUUUUUUUUUUAUAUAUUUAUGCUGGUUUUACAUUGCUUUCUAUGUGAUUUGUCGGUGUUACGUGUAAGUUGUUGUUGACAUAAAUAUCUAGAUUUUAAAACAAAUGUUUCAAAUUUAACUGUUUGAAAGGAAGUAAAUGACAUUUUAGUGCCUGAAUAAAACAUAAACCACGUAA